AUUCAUUUACAAUGAUCAAUCAUUAUUUAUAUAAUUAUGUAAUACCACAAUGGAUUACAUCAUCAACUUUAUCAUUCUCUAAAAUAUACCUUCAUAUAACCUUUCUAUUGUAUUCUACAUUAUGUUUAUCUAUUCAUGAGAAUACUAUACAAAAUAUUAAUGAAUUAACAUUAACAAUACAAGAAGAAUUACCUAUAGAUGGUGCUAUCAUACCAUAUACUAAAACAGGAUCAACAACAAUUCAAAUACAAAUAGAAAAUAUUGAUGAUGAAUCACCUGAAAUAUAUAUACAUCCUAUACAAUCUUUACAACAACAACAACAACAAUAUCCCCAGCAACAACAACAUCCCCAGCAACAACAACAAGAAGAAGAUGAUGAUGAUGAUUCUUAUAUAUUACAUAAUCCACAACAAUUAUAUGAAACAGAAAUAGGUGUAUUAGAAAAUCAAACAUCGAAACAAUUAAUUGCAUUAAUUGAAGUGAAAGAUCCAGAUGAUAUAAUGAAUUUAAUUAAUAUACAAUGUAUAUUAAUUGGUAAAUAUUCAAAUGAUUUUUAUUUAUUAUAUCAUAAUUUAUUAAAUAAUGAAUAUCAAUUAUAUACAAAUAUGAUAUUAGAUCGUGAAAAACAAUCUAAAUUAUAUUUAUUUAUUGAAUGUAAAGAUUUAGCUAAUCAUAUAACAAGACAUAAACUUAUUAUACAUAUAUUAGAUAUUAAUGAUCAUAAACCACAAUGUAUGGAAUCUCAUUAUUAUUAUUCAUUAUAUGAAGAUGAUCAUGAGAAAGAAGAAGAAGAAGAUCAUGUUGUGGAUGAUAAUAAAGAUCAUCAAUUACAUAAGACUAUGACAAAUCGUACAUGGUUAACAACAAAUGGUUUAGCUUAUAUUAUAGCAAUAGAUAAUGAUAUUGGUAGAAAUAGUCAAAUAACAUAUGAAUUAACAAAUCAAUCUAUGGAUUAUAUUCAUAAUAAAUUUACUAUUGAUUUAAAUACUGGACAAUUAUUAGCAUGGGGACCAUUUGAUCGUGAAUCAAUAUCAAUAUAUGAAUUAAAUAUAUUAGUUAAAGAUCAUGGUCAAUCAAUACAAUUUAGUACAAAUUGUUUAGUAACUAUUAAUAUAUUAGAUAUUAAUGAUAAUAUACCAAUAUUUCAUCCAAAAUUAAAUAUAAUAGGUGGUUAUUUAUUUUAUAUUAAAGAGAAUCAAUUACCUGGAACAUAUAUUGGACAAAUUCAAGCAUAUGAUUUAGAUGAUUUACCAGCUUCAAUAGAUUUAACACAAUUAUUCAAUGAUUAUGAUCAAUCGAAUUCAUUAUUAUCACCAUCAUCAUCAUCAUCAUCUAAUAGACAUAAUGUAAAUAAUGAAUUGAAAGAUGUUAUAAAUAGUAUGGAUAAAAAAUUGACAUAUUCAUUAAAAAAUGAAUAUAAUUCACAAAUGUUUAGAAUUGAUCCUAAAACUGGUGUUAUUAUAACACGAACAAUAUUAGAUCGUGAAAUUCAAGGAACAUAUACAUUUUAUGCAUAUGUACAUGAUGGUCCUGAUAAAAUUAUUCAAAUAACAAAUACUACUGAUAAUAAAGUUGAACUUCAACGUACUAUUAAUAAUUAUCGUUCUCAUACAGCUUCUAUUAUGAUUACAAUUACUAUACAAGAUGAAAAUGAUAAUGAUCCAGUAUUUAUUCGACCAAAUUCAACCAAUCAUAUGAUAUUAUUAAAUCCUACAACUAUACCUGGACAAUCUUUAUCACAAUUAUUAGCAAUAGAUCCAGAUGAAGGUUUAAAUGGACAAGUAUCUUAUACAAUCAAAGGUGAAACAGCUGGAAUAUUAUUUAAUGUUGAUUCAAGAACUGGAUUAUUAUAUUUAGAAAGUCAAAUACCAAGACAAUAUAUAACAAAUAAUAAACAAAAAACUAUAAUAAAUAAUCAAGGAAAUGAUUUAACUUAUCCAACAUUUUUACUAGCAUUAGAUGCAUGUGAUCAUGGAGAACCAAGACGAUGUACACAUUUUCCAAAUCUUCAGAUACAGAUUCGCAGUUCAUCAAAUAUUAUUGAUGAAGGGAAAUCAAAUGAAUACAGACAAACUGAUUUAUCUAUUAAUCAAAAAAUUGAUGAUAUUUUCAUGUCACAAUCAAGUCAUGGAUCUAUAUCGUCAUCAUCAUCAUCAUCAUCAUCAUCAAGUGGUUCUGGUACUUCAACUACUUAUCUUGGAAGAUAUUCACUUGGUGAAGUACUGAUCAUUGGAUUAUCUAUAUUCUUCUCAAUAUUAGUUUUAAUUAUUCUAUUUACUAUUUGUAUUGUACGACGUAGAACUCAACAAAUAUUACAGAAUAAUGAACGAAUAAAUCCUGAACUGUUGAAAUUGAAUCAUGGAAAUACUGGGUUCAAUGUUGAAUCAAAUGAAAAAAAUAAACGAACUAAACCUCGGGUUAAGUUAUCCAAUUCAAAUACUACUAAAAAGAAUACAACUAUUAAAAAAUCAUUUAUAUUAAGAUUACUUACACGGCAACUAAAUAAAAAUAUAACUAUGAAUACAGAUCAUGCAAAUGUAAAUACAACAUCAUCAACAUCAGUGUUACCAAUCAGUUGUAAUUUAUCGAUUAACAGUUCAAAUCCAUUGAUAAUAUCAUCAAUAUCAUCAUCAUUAUCAUCGUCAUCAUCAUCGUCCACAGCACAAAUAAUGAAUCAAUCAAGAUUAAACUAUUCUAUAGAUUUAAUGAAUUCUCGUUUAUAUAAUCCAAAUAUUCAUCAUUCUAUCAAUUAUGGACCUUAUAGUCCAAUAUGUGUAAAUACUACUACUAAUAACAUAUCAGUAAUAUCAGAUGAUUAUCAAUCAUUAAAUUGUUGGAAUGAUUUACCAGUAUAUUAUUCAAAUCAAUUUAAACAAGACAAUAUAACAAAUUUAAAUAUACCACAAUUAUAUAUGAAACCAUUAAAACAAUCAAUCACUGCACAGAAUUCAAAUGUAGAUAUUACCAUUAAUAAUAGUAGUAUUACGUCAACAUCAUUAUCACCAACAACAACACUAUCAUCAUUACCAAUUGUAUUACAUAAUAAGCAAAAUGAUUCUAAUUGGAGAUUACAUAAUACUCAUCUAUUAAUGAAUAAUAAUAAUAAUAAUAAUAAUAAUAAUAAUAAUGGUUAUAUACAGAAUAAUAGUGUAUUAUCAACUUCACAAGCUUAUACGGGAUUAAUUAAAUCUACGUUUGUAUAG